UGUAACCUAAAUGCCGUUCCUUUCUCAAAUCACACAAUGAAUGAUAUGUUGGACCAUGAUGCAAGCAUCACUGUAGCCUGUAACAUGGGCUACUCUACCGGUAUGGGCAUUCUAACAGAGCUCAUGUGUAGUAAUGGGACCCUUUCUACACCUCCUCCUAUCUGUUAUGAAAACUGUAACCUAAAUGCUGUUCCUUUCUCAAAUCUCACAAUGAAUGAUAUGUUGGACCAUGAUGCAAGCAUCACUGUAGCCUGUAACAUGGGCUACUCUACCGGUAUGGGCAUUCUAACAGAGCUCAUGUGUAGUAAUGGGACCCUUUCUACACCUCCUCCUAUCUGUUAUGAAAACUGUAACCUAAAUGCAGUUCCUUUCUCAAAUCACACAAUGAGUGAUAUGUUGGACCAUGAUGCAAGUAUCACUGUAUCCUGUAACAUGGGCUACUCUACCGGUAUGGGCAUUCUAACAGAGCUCAUGUGUAGUAAUGGGACCCUUUCUACAUCUCCUCCUGUCUGUUAUGGAAUUUGUGAACUUGGUGUGAUAAGAUUUUCCAAUCAGUCUACUAAUCUUAUAGUCAGCCAUGAUGAGAGUGUUAUUGUUACCUGUGACCAGGGUUACUCCAUUGAAUUUCAAUCAUUUAUAGAGCUCACAUGUUCUAAUGGUAUUCUAUCUCCACCACCACCUUCUACAUGUAUUGAAAACGUCUAUCUGGAUUUUGGAUCAGAUAUUGAUGAUGAGGUUAUUUUUCAAUCUAAUUCCUUGGCCUGGGGAUGUGUUGAUGUGGUAUCCUGUAUUCCUAUUGGUAAUGGACAUUUGUACACAGCAAUACGGUUCACAUCGACGGGUAUGAUUGAGUUCUCCAACCAAGCAUGCUCACAAAAUAGAUCAAUGAUUCAAUACACAAAUCCUUCGCUCUUCAUGACCACUGAUGACGCAGCCAUUGCAGUUCUGGGAGCUCCAGUCGACCUCAGCAUUGGUGAUCCAAAAAUAUUUUAUCAGUUUCAAGAUAACUUUGACAGUAGCAGUGGAGGAUCAUUUAUUUCUGACUUGAUGAGCAGAUUAAGCAUGAUAGAUUCUGAACUGAAUGACACCAAUCCAAUAGUAGCACUUAAGAUCACAUGGGUUGGGAUUCAGCCACCAGGAUCAUUAGGAGAAGAGACAAAUAGAUUUCAAGCUAUUGUAUUCAGUGAUGGUGUCAGGACAGGAAUACUGAUGAACUAUCGUGAAGGUGAUCUUCAAUGGCAAUCAACUACAAAAGAAAUUUCAGCUCGAGUUGGAUACAACAUCAUUGAAAGUGUAUCAAAUCUAUAUGAGAGCAAUGAUGAAGGAACAAGAGAUCUUAGUUAUAGCCGGGACACACGCAUUGGAAACACUGGUCAGAUGGGUAGCUAUAUCUACCGUCUGGAUACAAACACAGCUGAUUAUAUCAAUCCUUGCGUUGGAUGUUUAACUUGGUAUGAGGAGGACCUGGCUAAUACAUACAACUAUUCCACUGCUUCUGUGUGUCCCUGUACAAGACCCCAGGCUGCUAGGGAUAUUAACUUCAGAAAGUGUGUGUUUCCAAGGGGCAGAGAUACAGACUUCAGUAGUUCCAGCUAUAGUUCAGUACAGUGUUACCAGUCUUCCACAGAUAUAGAUGAGGGAUACCGAUGUACGUAUAUCAGUAAAGCCCUUGUCACAGAGUACCAGAGCUUGUGGGAGUCCAGUAAUUUUGUUGCAGUUUUGAUUCCAAACAACAGAAACUCAUUGUAUGAUGAUUGGAAACGUGAAGAUGUAUUUCCUAGAGAGAUGUGUUGUAUGAUGACAUCUGGUCUACAAGGUGAAUACUAUUGUAAUCUUUAUCAAGAACGUCGUCCACAGAUUACAAGUUGUGAUGGCUACAACCCUCCUACUGCUGGUCAGGGAGAAGGUGACCCACAUUUUCAAACAAUUGAUGGGAAGAAAUACACUUUCAAUGGAUUAGGGGAGUACAAAAUACUUCAAUACACUGAUGACAAUCCAUUUACUGUUCAGAUGCGGACAGGUAGAGCAUUCAAGAAUGGAGUACCCAUUAAUUCCGGGACAGUGUUCACUGGAGUUGCUGCAACACAAGGCCGCACAGAGAUGUCACUUAUUUUGAAUGAUGAAAGAACAGCCGUGCUUUUAUCUAUCAAUGGGACUGCAGUUAAUAUUAGUGCUUUACUCACAGAUGGUUAUGUUUCGUCUGACCCAACUUUCACAAUUCGCAUUGAUGAUGAAGAAGUUUCGACUGUAGAUGACCUUAGGAUCAUUGCAAUCUUCAAUGUGCCAGACUACCCAAGCUCUGGAAUUUAUGCACGUUUUACAAAUGGAUUGUUGUCAUCACAAGUUUUUAUUGCUCGAGAGUAUGCCACUAGUGGAACAGCAAAUGGCCUAUUAGGCUUGAUUAAUGGAGAUGCAACUGAUGAUUUCCAGUUCCAGAAUGGAACCAUUCUAAUGGACACAAUUGAGGGAAAUUUAACGGAAGAACAAAUCUUUGAAUUUGGACAAAGUUGGAUGACUACAGCAGCUGAAUCUAUUUUUGAAUACUAUGAUCGCGAUUGGGCUUAUUAUAAUGAUCCCAGCUUUGUACCUCAGUUCUUUUCAAGCCUAGAAGCCGCUGAUCCAGUAUUAGCAGAACAAGCUCGAGCAACAUGUGGCAAUAAUACAGCAUGCAUAUUUGAUACCUUGGCAGUUGAUGCCUUGCUUGGUCUUCAUACAUUAAAUUCAGAAAAUUCUUUUGAAGCUGUGUUGCAUGACUUAGACAACUUUCCACCAAACAUCACAUCAGUUGUUGAGAACACUUUAACUGAAGCCUUAGCAGAGAGUGAUAUCGGUGUACUACAUGUUACUGUUGGACAAUCAGUUUCUUUACAAAUUACUGCAUCGGAUCCUAAUGAGGGAGAUGUUAUACAGUUUUCAUUGGAACAUUCUGUUCCAAAUGCAACUAUAGAUAGUGAAACUGGUGUAUUUGAAUGGACUCCUCAAAGCAUAGAAGAUACUUCACAGAGGAUUGUAAUUGUAGCCGGAGAUUCUACUGGAGCGAAUGCAUUGCUAAUCUAUAAAGUUAAGAUUUGUGAGUGUUUCAAUGGGGGAACAUGUCAGUUCAACACAGAAGCAACAAAUCAAGACCUCAACAACAAUGGAUUUGCUGUUGUUAUUUGUGAAUGUACAGCCGGCUGGACAGGUGAUCAUUGUGAUAUAGACUUUAAUCCAUGUGAUGGUUAUUGUUACGAUCAAGUUCUCUGCACUGACAAUUUACCACCAGCAUUGGAUGCCAUAUGUGGACCGUGCCCGUCACAUCUUACAGGAGAUGGUCGACAAUGCACCAAUAUUGAUGAAUGUGCAAACAACACACUAAAUGAAUGUGAUCAGAUGUGUACUGAUAAACUUGAUGGGUAUGAUUGUUCAUGUAAUGAUGGCUAUAUACUACAUCCUGAUCAACGGGGCUGCAUUGAUAUUGAUGAAUGUAGGAAUGUAACUACACAUGCAUGCAGAAACAACAGUCGUUGUAACAAUAUUAUGGGUUCAUUUGAAUGCUAUUGUGAAGAUGGAUUCUCACCAAUUACAAAUGAUAAUACAAACUGCGAAGAUAUUGAUGAGUGCAGUGACAUGAGUUCAUGUGAUCCGCAGGCAACAUGCACAAACAAUAUUGGCUCUUUCUUAUGCACAUGUAAUGAAGGUUACUUUGGAAAUGGAACGACAUGUUCAGAUGUAAAUGAGUGUCUGGACCCACUUGCAAAUGACUGUGCCAUAGAAGCGAGCUGUACUAAUGAAGUAGGAGGCUUUUCAUGUACAUGUGAUGAUGGAUGGUCUGGGAAUGGAACCUUCUGUGAUAAUAUUGAUGAGUGCUCUAAUAGCAUGGAUGAUUGUAGCAGUGAUGCAAUGUGUAUGGACAACAAUGGCAGCUAUGUUUGCAUCUGUAAUGAUGGGUAUAUCGGGAACGGAAGGGAAUGCUUCGACAUCGAUGAGUGUGCUACUAGACAAGAUAACUGCACCACAUUGGCUCAAUGUCUCAACACAAAUGGAUCGUUUGUUUGUGAGUGCUUAGAUGGAUAUGCCUUUGAUGUACAAGGAAUAGAGUGUGAAGAUAUCAAUGAAUGUGAUGAUGGUCCUGGCUGUGAUCCCAAUGCAUCAUGCAUGAAUACAAAUGGCUCAUUUAUUUGUUCAUGUGACAAUGGAUAUGAAGGAAAUGGAAUGUCUUGUCAAGAUAUAAAUGAAUGUGACCUUGGUACUCAUGACUGUCAACAGAUGUGUGUUAAUGAUAUUCCUGGAUUUAAUUGCACCUGUUUUGAAGGUUUCCAGUUAGAGAAUGAUGGUACAUGUCAAGUGUCUUCUUCUGCCAUGUGUAACUUAACAAUGCAAUCAGUUUGUGGACUGGAUGCUUGUAUUGUGCAAUCAGGAGAACCCAGUUGUGUGUGUGAGGCAGGAUUUCAGUUCAAUGCAACUCUUCAAAUGUGUGAAGAUAUUGAUGAAUGCAGUGGGAACAAUACAUGUGAGUCAGAUAAUCUGUGUGAGAACUUUGAUGGAGGAUAUAAUUGUACCUGCAAUCCUGGAUAUAAACUUGAUGCAAAUGGAAGAACAUGCUCAGAUAUUGAUGAAUGUCAACUAGGUUCUCAUAGCUGUGAUAUGAAUGCUGCAUGUACAGUGCCGCUCUCGGUAAACUUGACACUGCGGUUUAUCGCGGUUAAUCGCGGGAGCGCGUACGCGUUUAACUUCGAUCACCACAGGCCAUCGUACAUUUGAUAUAGCGCCAGCUACGUUGAAAUUUCGUAAAUUCUACCGGCGUUUCCUUGCGCGCACGCGGUACCGCAGUUUGGAUCGUACGUGUACAUGUAUGCAAGUGACAUUGCAUUUUUCGGAAAGUAAUUAUCUUUUAGCUGUUUUGAAUAUUACUUUUGAUUCUCAUGUCAUUUUUUUUUUUAUUGUUGAUUAAUGAUCAUUUAAAGGAUUUUCAAAUUAUUGAUUUGGUGAUGUGAUCGGAGGUGCAAGUUAUUGGGGUUUUAAAAAUAGUUGCUUCAGCCGUUGUUUUGAGUUUUGGGAGUGAUGCGGGCUUGAAAUGUGUUCAUGGUCACUAGAUGAAUCAUUGCGGCACCAUGAUGAUGCUGCAAAUUCAUCUUUUUUUCAAGUUUAACAAUGUUUCAAUUAGAUGUUUUACCCAUUUUUUAACAUUUUAGUUUUUAACCAUUUUUAAAAUACAUAGAAUAUCAUUUGAGAACAAAUACAUGAUUCUUAUUUUUGUUAAAGUCUUAGGCCUAUAUACAUGUUGCUUGUUUUCUUUCUCAAUUAUUUGACGCUUUCUUUAUCAUUUUUUUGUUUCUUUCGUUCCUUCAUCCCUUCUUGUUUUAUUUUCCUUUCUUUUCUUAUUUCAUUUCUUUCCUCCCUCUAUUCCAUUAUAAUUCUUUUUUGCUUCCUUUCAUCCUUUCCUUCCUGUGCCUUUUUUGAUGUCCAUCCUACUUUUUAUACAUCUAG